AUGCUGAAUCGAUAAAGAUUUCUUUAAAAGCUCGGUUUCUAAGCUCCAGAAGCUGUUUAAAAAUAGAUAGACGAGUAGCAAAGAUAACAAAAUGAAUAGUUAAAAAAGCAAAUUGAAGAGAAUUAAAAGUAGUAAUUGAGAGAAAGCAUCAAUAAAAGUGUCACAUCAUCUCGAAUCGAAGAGUAAAAGGAGUAGCCAAAAACAGCAUCUUCAACAUAAGGUGAAUCCUUUUCAUCUUAGAGGGGCAAGCAAGACACAGAAAUUCUUGCUCCCUAUUAAUAGAAACCCCUUCCUUUUGACGAAGAGAUUUCAAAAUAUUUUGAUCAUCCUGUAAUCAUGCAUGAGGAGAAGGAAGAAAGCACAGCUGAUGAUGACGACGAUGAUCGUGUCAACGAUUUAUAAACUGAGCCUUAGAUGUAACACACUGUGAGUAUAAAAAAACCUCGUUUAUAACUCUCGUAGAGCUUUCUUAACAGGGACGGUGAUUUCCUUAUAAAUUACUAUAUAAAAGAUGAUAACUAAAAAAUAAGAAACAAGUACAUUAAUAAGCUCAUUUCAAAUAAAAUUUUGCGCUAAGAGCCUUCAAAAAAGCACCAAACCAUGAUUAUUUUUGAUUGGGACGAUACUCUUUUCUGCACAAGCCAGUUGCAUGCUUAGCGCUUCGAGAACAUUACUUCAGAUUAGCAAAAGUAGCUUUUGAACUUAGAUAAAUCAGCAAGUAUGGUUCUAAAGGAAGCUUGUCACUACGGAGAGACAUAUAUUAUUACUAACGCUGCUCAAGGUUGGGUUGAGUACAGCAGCAAGAAUUUUUUGCCUACUGUCUAUAAAUAUUUAGAUGAAUAUAAAAUAAAAGUUAUAUCUGCUCGUUCUUUAUACGAAAGCCAAUACCCAAAUUAAUGCCAUCAGUGGAAAGUUGAAGCAUUCAGAGAUAUUAAAAUAAACUUCGAUAAACAGAUCAUCACUAAUUUGAUUUGCCUUGGUGAUUCACAUAUUGAAAUAGAAGCCGCCCAUAUGCUAGCAAAGGAAUUCGAUCAAAGCUUUAUAAAAACAGUAAAAUUCAAAGAGCAACCAAGAAUUGAGGAGCUCAUCAAGUAGCAAGACUUAGUUAGAGAUAAAUUAGAACAAAUUUACACAAAUUUCAAAAACCUUACAAUUCGCUUAGAAAAAAAGUAAAAUCCUAAAGAAGUAGCCAAAAAAUGA